AUGAACUCUGGCAUUCUUGGUGUGAAAUUUGCUGAGGCCCAGGCCGAGGUCGAAGCACUUCCGAGGAACAGCUCGAAGUUUACCACCGGGUCACAGGAGGUAAUCUCCCAGUCCAUCGAACUUGACACGCUUGCAGCGGUCACGCGAAGAAUGUCGGAGAGCACUGCCAAGGCCUCGACAUUUCAGGCAUUCAUCAUCGGCAUCGCGGGUGGAACUGCCAGUGGGAAGACGACGGUGUGCCAAAUGCUCAUGCAAGCACUAGGCGACCAACGAGUUGCCCUGAUCAGCCUUGAUGAGUUUUACAGGGACCUGACCCCUCAAGAAUGCGCCAACAUCGGCGAUGUAAAUUUUGACGAGCCUGCUUCCUUUGAUGUCGGUGAGCUUGUGAAAUGUUUGGAGAAUUUGCGGGACGGGAAAUAUGCACAUGUUCCCGUGUACGACUUCGUCACUAGCAGCCGCUCCGCCCACCAAGUUCGCACAGUGGCCCCCUGUGACGUCGUUAUUCUGGAGGGCAUUCUCGUCCUUCACCUCAAGGAAACUCUGGAGCUCUGUAACAUGAAAAUCUUUGUGGACACAGACGACGACGUCCGGCUAGCACGAAGGAUCAAGCGUGACACCGUGGAGCGGGGAAGAGAUGUCGAAGGCGUCAUUCGACAAUACACUCGCUUUGUAAAGCCGUCCUUCGAGCGGUACAUUCUUCCGAGCAAAAACAAUGCUGACAUCAUCAUCCCGUGGAGGGAAAACAAUGAUGUGGCGGUUGAUCUCAUCACGCAAAAUAUACGCUCCAAGCUGGGGAUGCAUGACCUGCGCCGUAUCUACACAAACCUACACGUGAUGCCAGCCACUAUGCAGACCCGUGGGAUGCACACGAAGAUCCGAUCGCGUGCUACCCCGCGUCAGGAGUUUGUAUUCUAUGCUGACCGUUUGAUCCGGCUCGUCGUGGAGCAGGCACUUGGAUACCUGCCCUUCUCGGAGGCCGAGGUCACAACCCCGGUAGGUGAGUGCUAUCAUGGCCUCACCUUCUCUCGGAAAAUCUGCGGGGUCUCGAUUAUCCGCUCCGGGGAAGCCAUGGAGAAUGCACUGCGCACGUGCUGCAUUGGUGUGAAGAUCGGCAAGAUCCUCAUCGACCGGGUGACCACUGACAGGAGCUUGCAUUUGCUCUAUGAGAAGCUGCCCUUCGACAUCGGAGAUCGCCAUGUGCUACUGAUGGAUCCGAUUCUGGCUUCAGGCCAGUCUUGCGCUGCAGCCAUCAAAGUGCUUACCGAGCUUCGGAGCGUCUGUGAGGACAAGAUCAUCUUGAUCACGCUCAUUGCGGCACCUGAGGGCAUCCAGCGGGUGUGCAAGAAGUUUCCGGGGGUCAAGGUGAUCACAACGGAGAUCGAUGAUGGUGUCGAUGGAAAUGGAACUGUCCUGCCGGGGAUUGGGAAUUUUGGUGAUCGCUACUUUGGAACUGGCAGUGCAGCGGACGAACCCGUCCGGCUAUUGUCAGGGAACCUGUCGGCGUUCAGCGAGAAGGGGUCGAGCACCAGUAACGAUGCACAAAAUUCACUUCCGAAGGGCUCAAGCGAGCCAGGUUAA